GACUCAUAGCAGUAGCACAAUUACAAUUAUGAGGUAGUAAUGAAAGUAAUUUUAUGGUUGAGUGUCAGCACAGCAUGAGGAUCUAUAUUAAAGGGAAGGUUGAGAACCUUUGACCUAGAGGAAACCUUGGGAAAGACACUUCAGGCUGUAGGCAUAGGCAACAAUUUUCUGAAGACUCCAGUAGUUCAGGACAUAAAGGAAAGAAUCAACAGAUGGCCUUGAAUUUGGAAGCUCUGGCACAGCCAAGGGAACAAGGGUAGAACAAAGGAACAACUCAAAGUUUUAACAAGGCCCAAACUGCAGCCCUGCCUGAAGCAUCCAACCAGCACACAGUGCAAACACUCCUGCAAGGUACACUCUGACUGUGGAGAUGAGUUUCAUCGCUGCUGUCAUGCCGACUGUGGCAAUGUCUGCAUGCACCUGGAAGAGUCAGACGCUCCCCUCUCCUUGGGACUGAGAACAGAGCGUCACCAGCCAAAGGAUUAUCAGCGUCUCUCACUGAGAACAUCGUCAGAGCAGCCCUGGGAAGAAAAAAAAAAAGAGUCUCCAGACACUUCCGGUCAGCAUCAUGAGGCCCUCUCUGCUCCCGAUUGUGGUGUUCCUCUGCAUGCUGCUGUUGCCUGCCCGGGGAGGGAAGAAGACUUAUUCUCAGGGAGAGCUGUUACUUGAGGAGUGCUGGGGACAGCCAAAAGCUAAUGAUUGUACCAAGAGGUGUUCUCGAACUUUCAAAUGUGUACACAGAAAUCACACAUGCUGCUGGACCUACUGUGGUAACAUCUGUGCAGAAAAUGGGAAGUUUUUUGAGAGAAAGAAAUGAGCCUGCCUUCUCGCUGGCCCAGCCUCACGAGAGCUCGCGGAUGGUUAGACUUCAGAGAGAGGCUGCACACUUACGAUUGGAAACACUGUGUUUAUGGUGGGUAAGGUCAACAUACUGGAAAAAUAAACCACUUGCUCACA